UGAUUAGGAAGAUCCAGUUAAGUAUAGGGCACUAGUCAUUAUACACCUCUGUUUGUUUGUUUGUGUACACCUGUUUGUUUUAGUCAUUAUUUUUCAAUAUAAAGACAAAGUGUUGCCAAAAUAUUUCUGGAAAGAAAACCUUAGUUUCUUGGUAGAGAAUAAUGUUGAUUCUAUAGAAAUGUGUUCUAAAAACAGUUAAAGUAUUGAAAAAAUAUUGAUAAAAUUAUUGCAAUUACUUGCUAAAUAAGUUGCCUUGUACCUACUAUUUUUAAUGUAAUUUUGAAUUAAACGCAGUUAUUAUGUAUUGCAGAAUGCCUCCAAAAUCUAAGAAAAUGAAACAGAAGCGUAAAAGAGGAGAAACAAAAUCUGGCAUAUCACAUCCAAAAGCUAGCAGUUACCCUAAAAAUGAGGCUUCAAACAAGAUCUAUAAUAAAGGAAGAUCCUGCCAAUCGCAAAGUGAUGACAAUUCUAAUACAAUAGAGGGAUGCAGCCACAUGCAAGAGGCAGAGAAGAGAUGUGGGGAAACUCCUCAAGAAGGAGAUUUACAAAAAAAUUGGAUUCAAAUUGAAAAUCCAAGCACUUCCUCCAAUGAACUAGAAGUUUCUAUCACAGUAAUGUCUGACGGCUCUAAGAAAAUGAAAAAUUACAAAACUGGAAAGGUAAAGAAGCAAUUGAAGAAAAUCAUCAAAACAAUAGCAAAAGAAUCAUCUGGAAAAGAAGAAGCGAACAUUACCCUCCAACUUGGGAAUUCAAACGAGUUAUGUGAAUGUGUAGCAGUUUUCGUUUCUAAGUUUGAUGACAAUUAUAAUACAUUGGGAAAGGGGAGCAGCCAAAUAGAGGAAAAAAUGAAGAAACUUGGGGAAACACCUCAAGAUCCAGAAUCUUCUAGUCCUGUGCCACAUGAGCCGCUUAUCACAAUAACCUGUUCCAAUUGUAAAAUGAAGAAUGGAAAUAACGAAAAGGGAGAGGUGAAGAAGCAAUCUGGUAGAUCACCUCAAGAAGGAGAUUCCAGCAAAUCACUUCUUAAAGAGCCUUCUAGCAAGUCUCCUCAACUUGGAGACUUAUGCCAAACACAGAUAAACCACAAUUCUAAUACUAUGGAUAAAAAUCGCAAAAAGAGAAACAGGAGGAAGUCUGGUGGAUCACUUAAAAAAGAUUCCACUCAAAAUGAGACUUCAAGCAAGGACUCUCAAUGUGAAAGUCCAUGCACAUCACGAACCAACAAGGAUUCUAACAUGCCGGGUGAACAUGUUAAAAAGGGAGGUUUGAACAUGUCAUGCACAUCACCUGAACAAGGAAAAAUAAGCAAGGCUCCUCAGCCGGAAAAAACAGGCGAACUUCAAAUCACAAAAGAUUCUAACAUGCAGGAUAAACAUGUUAACAAGGGAGGUUCGAAGAAAUCCUGCACAUCAUCUGAGCGAGGACAAAUAAGCAAGGCUCCUCAGCCGGAAAAAACAUUAACACCUCGAAUCACAAAAGUUUCUAACAUGCAGGAUAAACAUGUUAACAAGGGAGGUUCGAAAAAUUCCUGCACAUCAUCUGAGCGAGGACAAAUAAGCAAGGCUCCUCAGCCGGAAAAAACAUUAACACCUCGAAUCACAAAAGAUUCUAACAUGCAGGAUAAACAUGUUAACAAGGGAGGUUCGAAAAAUUCCUGCACAUCAUCUGAGCGAGGACAAAUAAGCAAGGCUCCUCAGCCGGAAAAAACAUUAACACCUCGAAUCACAAAAGAUUCUAACAUGCAGGAUAAACAUGUUAACAAGGAAGGUUCGAAAAAUUCCUGCACAUCAUCUGAGCGAGGACAAAUAAGCAAGGCUCCUCAGCCGGAAAAAACAUUAACACCUCGAAUCACAAAAGAUUCUAACAUGCAGGAUAAACAUGUUAACAAGGGAGGUUCGAAAAAUUCCUGCACAUCAUCUGAGCGAGGACAAAUAAGCAAGGCUCCUCAGCCGGAAAAAACAUUAACACCUCGAAUCACAAAAGAUUCUAACAUGCAGGAUAAACAUGUUAACAAGGGAGGUUCGAAAAAUUCCUGCACAUCAUCUGAGCGAGGACAAAUAAGCAAGGCUCCUCAGCCGGAAAAAACAUUAACACCUCGAAUCACAAAAGAUUCUAACAUGCAGGAUAAACAUGUUAACAAGGGAGGUUCGAAGAAAUCCUGCACAUCAUCUGAGCGAGGACAAAUAAGCAAGGCUCCUCAGCCGGAAAAAACAUUAACACCUCGAAUCACAAAAGAUUCUAACAUGCAGGAUAAACAUGUUAACAAGGAAGGUUCGAAGAAAUCCUGCACAUCAUCUGAGCGAGGACAAAUAAGCAAGGCUCCUCAGACGGAAAAAACAUUAACACCUCGAAUUACAAAAGAUUUUAACAUGCAGGAUAAACAUGUUAACAAGGGAGGUUCGAAGAAAUCCUGCACAUCAUCUGAGCGAGGACAAAUGAGCAAGGCUCCUCAGCCGGAAAAAACAUUAACACCUCGAAUUUCUAAUGAAAUGGAGGAAAAUUUGCAAAUGGGAGAGGUUACGGAGAAACCUGGCGAAACACUUAUAGCAGGAUAUGAAAUCAAGAACCGUCAACGUGGACUUUCAAGAAAAUCAUGGCAUAAAAUGAACAAUAAGAAAUAUGUCUUAUAUUUCAUCACUGAGCCAUCGGUUGAGGGAUGUGGUUGCGGUUCAACGGCCAAUUCUCCGGGGCCUAGUGGAAAAUAAACUUAUAGAAGUGACCAUGCCAAUAAUCUCACAUGGUGCAGCUGCUACUAAACACAGCACCAAAAUCAUCUCUUCUUAUUCAUCUCUUAGCACUAGCAUCAAAAUAGAUAGAUAAAAUUAGUUUAGAAUAUAUUUAAAUUAAAUAUUUUUGAGAUUAUAUGUAAGAUGAAAUUUACCUUUGUACACUAGCGUAGAUUCUUUACUAUUGAAAUAAUAUGAAUAAAUAAUUUCUAUUGUU